AUGAACAUAUGCAUAUAUAUACUCUUCGUAAUCCAGUCAAACAAACUGACACAUUCGAUAAAAAUCCGAAACAACAGUUCGUACAACAUCAUAAUUCCAACCCUAGGAGCAAGAUUGCUCUUUAUAAGAAGGCCAGGAAUAGGAUUCUAUCGGGAUAGUUUUGAUAUAGCACCUUAUUAUGACAAUUUCGAGUCAAAAUAUGAGACUCUAAAACAUUUCACAGAAACUAAAGCAAAGAAUAAUUUUUAUGAAGGAAACUCGGGAUUUGUAGAUUAUUAUAAGAUUCUCUCUCUGGAUAAGUCGUGUACAGCAGAAGAUGUUAGGAGCAAGUAUGAACACAUCAACGAGUCGUUGAAGAGCCUGCCGGGAGUGGACCCAAAGCUAAGAUCGGACAUAGAUAAAGCAUACAGGGUGUUGUCAAAUAAGAAGAUGAGAGAUGAGUACGAUAGGAGUUAUGAGCAGUACGCUGGCCCGGAGGACAUGUAUUACAUGGAAUCCCUGGGAGAUUCAAACGAAGACGACAUGGACGAUACCUCAGAGGAACUGGAGAUAUCAAUAAUGGACGACGAUGAGGAAGUUGGACCAAAUUUCGGCACCAAUUUAUUCGGAAACUUCUUCUCGAACUUGUUCGGAAGUAAAAAGUCCGAAAGAAGAAAGGGAAACCAGUCGAUGAGAAAGAGAGGAUCGUCCAAGUUCGAUGUGUCGUGCAACGCGGAAAUUGACCUGAAAACACUACUGCUGGGCGGAGAAGUGACAGUUCCAGUGAGGAAGUGGGACCACUGCAACUUUUGCAACUUCAACGAGUCAGCAUCAAAAUCAUAUAUUGAUACCUGUACAAGAUGUAACGGGCAAGGAAUGGAACACAAGGUCGGUGCAAGAAAUGAUAGUCAUAGUGAAAAGAGAUCGCCGUUUGGGUUCGUGAGAACGUCAAGAACGUGUAUGAAGUGUCAAGGAACAGGGCACCAUAGACUAAAGGAUUGCAACAAGUGCGAAAACACAGGAAGAGUGCUGAGGGACACGACAGUUAAGGUCGAGGUGCCGUUCAACGCUAAAAUAGGGUCGGUGAUCACAGUAAAGGGGAAGGGGCACUACGGAGGAUUGCACAUGAAGGACGGGAACCUGCACGUCAAGCUGAACCUCAAGGAAAACAAAAACGAGUACAUCGAAGCAGGAAGAAUAGUGACAGUGUACAAUAUUCCAUACACGAAGGCAAUACUGGGCGACAAGGUGAGGACCGAGGGAGUAAUGCCGGUGACAGUGGCAACGUUCAUGGGAGACAAGCAAGUCGAAGUCCCGGCGUACUCACAGCAGGGGGACGAAAUAAAGAUAGGCUCGUACAAGGACAUGGACCACUACGUGAAGUUGAACGUGCAGCUGCCAAAGAAUCUCUCAGAAAAGGAGCUGGAACUGCUGAAUAAAAUAGAUAAAAUUUAA